AUGGAGAAAGAUCAAAUCCAGCCUAGGGUGUUGGAGUCAGUAGACACAAACUCAUUAUCCUUGCUUUCGUCCAAUACCAGCUCAAAUAUGAAUAGCAACACCAACAAUAAACUCAGUAUAAUUGCCAGUGAUAUUUCUACAGGAUCCGUACUUUCCAGGCCCUUGACUCCUCCAGUCGUCCAGGAUAUAGAGAAUAACUCCAUGUUACAAUGGCAAUUUGAAAAGAAGGAAUUUAUCUUCGAUAGUAACAGCACUCCUUCGAAGCAGGCAAAACCAUUGCAGAGAAAUUCUCCAUACCAAGGCAAUAGUCAAAGUGAAAAUCAGAACCAACAGUUAUUGAAUGUAAGAAAGCGUCGCUCACAAUUGAUAGGUGCCAAGCCUAAAAUUCCAUCCAAAUUGUACCAAUCUGUUUCCAAAUUAGAUCUAAUUGAUGACAAGAGCUUUACGUCUUUGCCAAUUGCGCCUCCAUGCAAUAUCGAAACUAAUGAAGAUGACAGUGGAAACAACGAAUACAACAACAAUAAAAAACGGCCCAGGUUGAAUCCUGUAAAUGAACUGCGAGUGCAUAACAACAAACGUAAUAGGUACGUCAGUUAUGGGCCGAGUUUAGAUACAAAAAACUACGAGCUAACAGAAAAUACUUCUCAGGAUAUACCACCGCUAGUCCUGGUUGAAGACUACAUACCGUAUACCCAAAGUAAAUCAACAAAAAAAAUGGUAUCUAUUUCAGAUUUGAAAUCAAAACUAAGUAAAAGAAGAGAUAAUCAUAUCCCGCUGAGAGUAAAAAAUUCAUAUUCUGAAAUUAAUAAGGAAACCAAUAGAAAUAGCUUUGAACCGAAUUCACUAACACUGAUACCCCAUAUAUUAAGGAAUACUGAAGAAAAUAGGGACGAAAGUAACAACCCCUUAGAUUUUAUCAAAGAGGAAAUUGAAAUAAGUGAUAUUUCCAUACCAAAUUCCAUUGAAAAUAUGGUGGUUAACUUGGUUAAUAUUCCAUCUUCCAAUAAAAGUUACGAUGAUCUUUAUCUAUCGGAAUUAAAUGUUCAUUCCCAACUGAGGAAAUGUGUCAUCUGCGAAAAGGCCCUAUAUGAAAUUAGCUCGAGACUUUUAAAUUCAGGAUACUAUAAAGAAAUUGUAUGUGAGCAAUGCACAGUUAGAUAUGAAGAAGCCGCUAAAAUCUUUGAGAACUGCGAGUUCGAAUCAUCUAUGGAUGAAUCAAAUCUAAGCAGCGGUACUUUUAGUGAUCUAGAGAAUUCAGCAGAACCGUUUCAUUUAUCGACAGAUGUUCCAAAAAAAAUAAAUAGGCACAUAGAAGAUAACAAGAUCGACCUUAAAAAGGAAAUAUCAAAAAAAAAGGACAGCUUCUCUAAGGAACUAAUAGAACGAUUGCAGUUGCAAUUGCUAGAAAAUGAUAAGUCAAUCAAACAUCAUUUUAAUAAAGAUGCAAUGGGCUCUAAAUCAAUGAAUUGGUUUUUGGAAGCAAGAAGAAAAUUGAAGUGGAAGUGGAGAAUAAAUGGUUUACUUCCGCAUUUCUUACGCAAUCAAAAUAGUGAUCGUUUAAAUUUUCAACCUUGA